AUGAUAUACGCCUACCUAUUUGCAUUGCUAGCUGCACUAUUACUAUGGAAGAAGAGGGAUACAAAACAACCUGGAACCCCCAUUCCAGGUCCACCGGGCACUCCAAUCCUGGGAAACCUCCUCGACAUUCCCCCCAAACACUCCUGGCUCAAAUUCAAAAAAUGGGCCGAUAAGUACGGUCCCAUCUUCCAGCUCGAUCUCGCAGGGCGAAAACACGUUGUUCUCUCAACCGAGAAGAUCGCUAAUGCCCUGCUUCGGGAGCGAGGGUCGCUUUACUCUUCCAGGGAGUAUCUGCCCUUUGCAUCGGGGCUGCUGUCGCAUAAUCUCAGGCCUCUUUUUCUUCCUUAUAAUGAUCUCUGGCGAAAGGGACGGAAGUUGAUGCACCAGCUCACAACAAACACCGCCGCGAGCAGCUACGAGCCUGUUCAGGACUAUGAGUCGAAAAGACUACUUGCCUCUUUACUGAAGAAUCCCGCUGCAUACGAGAAGUGGUUCGAGCUGUACGCGUCCAGCGUUGUGUACCGGAUUGGAUUCGGGCGCUGGAUCGAGACGGGCGACGAGCCGGAUUUUAAACGCAUCAUUGGCGUGGGAAAGACCGUGGAGAGGGUUGCGUCGCCGGGGGCGUAUCUGGUUGAUUCGUUCCCUGUGUUGAAUAUUCUUCCGUCGUUUCUGGCGCCGUUUAAGCGGGAGGCUGCGCGGUUGCAUGCGGAGGAGCUGGGUCUGUUUCGGAAGUUGCAGCAGGAUGUUCGUGAUGAUAUCGACAAAGGACAGGGGAGCAGGUCAUUCACCAAGACGUUCCUGGACAAUAAAGAGGGAUACGGGCUCUCGGAUGACGAGGCAGCAUAUGUGAUUGGAACGCUGUUUGAAGCAGGCAGUGGCACCACCGCCGCGGCCAUGAUGUCGUUCUGUCUGGCCAUGGUGCACCACCCUGAGUGGCAGGUGAAGAUGCAGACUGAAAUCGACGAUCAAGUCGGCGACAGGAUCCCCGAAUUCAGCGAUAUCCCAAAUCUACCCACCGUCCGCGCUGUCAUCAAAGAAGUCCUACGAUGGAGACCAGUUACAGCCGGGAAUGUCCCACACCAACUCAUCCAAGACGACAGCUACAACGGCCACUUCUUCCCCAAGGGCACAGUCUUCCACGCCAACCAGUGGGCUAUCCACCGGGACGCUGGAAUAUACCCAGACCCCGAGACAUUCCGCCCAGAGCGCUGGCUUGAGCGCGGCUAUCCGACGUACCAGGAGCCAUUAACCAAAUUCCCCAACAUGCAGAACUACUCGUGUUUCGGGUUCGGGCGCAGGAUCUGCCCGGGGCAGAGUAUCGCAGAGCGGUCGUUGAAUAUCCUGACGGCGAGGAUUGCGUGGGCGAUGACGUUGCGCUGUAAGAGGGAUGCCAGUGGGAAAGACAUACUACCUCCGCUGUAUGAUUAUAGGGCAGGGUUUAAUGUCCAGCCUGAGAGGUUUGGCUUUGACGUUGUUGCGCGUUCGUCAGAGAGAGAAAGACAGGUUGAAGCGAUAUCUGACCAGGCAAGGCUGGCGAGAGGGUAA